AGACGCCGCAGCCGAGGUGCGCUGCGGCGCUCUUGGCGCGCGGCUGCGCGCCCCCCGCCGCAUGUAGGUAUCCGCUAAGCCUCGCCGCAUGCCCGUGGGCGGGGCGCGAUGCGCCCCGGGGCCGUGGCGGGCACAUGGCUACGGUCGCCUUUGCUGCCGUGGCUGCGGCGGCUGCUGCUGCUGCCCUGGGCGGCGGCGCUGGCGGGGCCGUGCGGCAAUCGGAGCGCCUGCGUGGACUGGGUCGCAGGCGUCGAGGCGCCGCUCUGGGUGCCCGCCGCGGCGGCGGGGCAGCUCGGGGCGGCCGGCCGCCUGAGGGUGCGGCCGCUCGGCGACGUCUGCGGCGGAGCUGGCUCCAGCGAGAUGGACGUCGCGGUGCAGCCGCCGUGCGCGGGCCACGUGUGCGAGGGCCCCACGGAGCGGAGCGGGUCCGAGGUGGGCUGGCAGGGCGUGCGAAUCGUGCGCCCUGGGAACUACCGCCUCUGCUGGUGCGAGCCGAACGAGGCGUGCGCGGCCGCCGAGGAGGGCUGCUGCCCGGGCGACGCCAACUUCUCGCAGGAGCGGGCG